UGCGCGAGACCUUAACCAAAACAAACAUGGACGUCAACAGACUUGCGUUACUUAUUUGUAGUGUAAUUUGCGCAGAAAAGAGCAAAAAACGAAGAAAAACGCGUAGAAUAUGGGUGAGGUCCUGGAUGGAGAAACAACGUGGACGUUGCACUUUACAAAGGGAGAUAAAGACAACCAACAAAGCCGAUAGAGGACGAAGAAGGGUUCAGGAGGAUGUUCAAAAUGACACAGGAGGACUUCAAUGAUCUCUUGGAAAAAGUUGAGCCUCACAUUUCACGACGGAACACCAAAUUAAGGCUAGCAGUCAGUGUAAAGGACAGGCUCGCUGUAACACUGCGUUUCCUGGCAACUGGUGAAACCUACAAAUCCCUGAGUUUCCAAUUCAGGAUAGGGGCCAGCACUGUUUCCAUGAUUGUUAUAGAGACUUGUGAUGUUCUACAUCAUGUUCUCAAAGAUGACUAUCUGAAGACACCCAGGACUGAGGAAGAGUGGAGGCAGAUUGCCAAAGGCUUUCAAGAAAAAUGGCAGUUUCCUCAAUGCUUGGGUUCUCUGGAUGGAAAACACAUUUGUUUCCAGCCACCAGCAUACAGUGGAAGUACAUGUAGGAACUAUAAAUGCAGAUUUUCUGUCCUCAUGAUGGCAGCUGUUGAUGCCAACUGCAAUUUCAUUUAUGUGAAUGUGGGUACUCAGGGCAGAGCUUCUGAUGCAGGUCUGUUUGAUAACGCCGUCAUUAAAAGGGUGUUAGAUAAUGAGCUGCUGAAUGUCCCACCCGCAGAGUCACUGCCUAAUUCAAAUGUGCAAUUUCCCUUUGUGUUUUUGGGGGAUGAGGCUUGCCCCCUCCGCCCAGAUCUGAUAAAACCUUUUCCACACAAACAGCCAGAGUUUGACCAGCAAAUUUUCAACUACCGCCUUUCACGGGCACGAAGGGUUGUAGAUAAUGCUUUUGGCAUCCUUGCCAACCAGUGGCGAGUGUUUCGAUCUACAAUAUUUUUAUCUCCAGACAAAGUCAUCAAAGUAACUAUGGCAGCUGUGUGCCUCCACAAUUAUCUAGGACAGCGUGGGUCUGAGGCAUAUCUCCCAUCAGGACUGGCAGAUUGGGAAACUGCAGACAAAGAAUUUGUAGCAGGAGAGUGGAGAAGGGAGAGACUCGGAGCACUGCAGCCUUGGAAAGGAGCAAGAAUGCGUAAUGCCAGUCAUCAUGCCAAAAACCUGCGAAAUGUACUUAAGGACUACUUUAUGUCCACAGCAGGAGCUGUGCCAUGGCAGGACAAAAUAUGUCUAGUAUGAGUGUGUUUUUCAACUUAAUUUAUUUGUUUUUAACAUGCUUCCAUUUUACUUCUUCCUAAACUUGUGGAAAAAGUAACAGUGAUUUUCAUAACAUUGUUAGAUUUUUUGUCAGAGCAUAAAAUGAUAAAACAUU